UCUAUAAGCACAUUAAACCCACACAUGGUCUUUUGUUUCUUCUCUUUCACAUGAUUCCUUUGCUUGAUUUGAGCUAAGCAAUCUCAAGCAAUCUCAAUAAGUCUUAGUAUUUUUGUUUUUCAAGUAUGGAAAGUGGAAACUUUGUUGUGAAUGGAGGGAUCAAAAUGCCAAUUGGCUUCAGAUUCCAUCCGACAGAUGAAGAGCUUGUGGUUCAUUACUUGAAGAGAAAAGCUUUGUAUCUCCCGUUACCUGCUUCUGUCAUUCCCGAGUUCAAUGUUCUCCACACUGAUCCUCGGAGCUUCUCAGGUGAUUCGAAAGAAAAUAAGUAUUUUUUCAGCACCAGGGAUGGUGAUAAUGGCAGUAGCAAAAAACGCAAGAGAAUAGCUGGUUCUGGGUACUGGAAACCCGUAGGCAAAGAGAAGCCGAUUUUAGCUUCUGGAACCAAUGAAGUAAUCGGGAUGAGGAAAACUCUGAUUUUCAGUGAAAGCGAGUGUUCUGAUGGGACCGAGACUCGUUGGGUGUUGCACCAGUAUCGCCUUGUUGACUCGGUUGCAACUCUUGAUUCAACUCAGAUGUCCAUUGGAGAUUGGUUAGUUUUCCGAGUGUUUCAGAAGAAGAGAAACAAAAGACGUAAAAACCAAGGAGUCAAGACAUCUGGUGCAGUGAACAUGGCAAGUUGUAUUGAUUUUACAGUGGAAGACAGGUCUGUCUUUGGUCCUCCUCCACAACCUACUUCACCAAGUUCAUCCCAUGGAUUAGAUGAGGAAGAUGAAAACAGUGGUUUAAUUACUAGCUAUUCGAGUUGUUUGUUGUAUGAGAAAGCAGUAAUAAAAACCUGUAUCAGUGGAGUUUGAAUCAGAUAU